AACCUGAAACUCUCACAUUCCUGGCAUAGCAGCCGCCUCCGGCGCGGACCGACCCUGGGGCUGCGCGCUGGGGCCGGAGCGGCCAGAGCGUCAGCGCCGCCGCCCAGUGCACACCGCGAGCGCCGCGAGCCGAGCAGGGCCGCCCCGCGCUGGGUCGUCGGGUCUGACAGCGCCGAGCACCCGCGGGCUGCAGCGGUGCUCUGGGGCCAGGUGCUGCUGGCCAUUGUCCAGACAGGUGUGUGCAAGCUGAGGAAGCAUGAGGACUCUGGAAGAUUCCUCUGGGACAGUCCUGCACCGCCUUAUCCAGGAGCAACUGCGCUACGGCAACCUGACUGAGACACGCACGCUGCUGGCCAUCCAGCAGCAGGCCCUGCGGGGUGGGGCCGGGGCUGGGGGCACAGGGAGCCCCCAAGCCUCCCUGGAGAUCUUGGCACCCGAGGACAGCCAGGUGCUACAGCAGGCCACGAGGCAGGAACCCCAGGGCCAGGAGCAUCAGGGUGGUGAGACCCACUUGGCAGAGAACACCCUCUACCGGCUGUGUCCACAGCCCAGCAAGGGCGAGGAGCUGCCCACUUAUGAGGAGGCAAAAGCCCAUUCGCAGUACUAUGCAGCCCAGCAGGCGGGGCCCCGGCCUCACAUUGGGGACCGAGAUCCCCGAGGGGCCCCAGGAGGCAAUCGGAGGCAAGAUGAAGCCCUGCGGGAGUUGAGGCAUGGGCACGUGCGCUCCCUGAGUGAACGCCUCCUGCAGCUGUCCCUGGAGAGGAAUGGUGCCCGGGCCCCCAGCAACAUGAGUUCCUCCCACAGCUUCCCUCAGCUGGCCCGCAACCAGCAGGGCCCCCAACCCAGGGGCCCCCCUGCUGAAGGCCCAGAGCCCCGAGGACCUCCACCUCAGUACCCACACCAAGUUGUGCUAGCUCAUGAGGCCACCGCUGCCGUCACCGACCCUCGGUACCGCGUCCGAGGCAGCCCACACUUCCAGCAUGCUGAAGUCAGGAUCCUGCAGGCCCAGGUGCCUCCCGUGUUCCUCCAGCAGCAGCAGCAGCAGUACCAGUACUUGCAGCAGCCCUUGGAACACCCCCCGCCCCCACACCCAGCUGCUCUCAGCCAUGGCCCCCUAGGUUCUCUCAGUCCACCUGGGGUGGAAGGGCCAGCAAGCACCCAAUCUUCCUCAAGCUCCUCGGGUAGUGCCCACCUGGCCCAGAUGGAGAUGGUGCUAAGGGAAAAUGCCAGGCUGCAGAGGGACAACGAGAAGUUGCAGAGGGAACUGGAGAGCUCAGCAGAGAAGGCUGGCCGCAUCGAGAAGUUGGAAAGUGAGAUCCAGCGGCUCUCUGAAGCCCAUGAGAGUCUCACGAGAGCCUCUUCCAAGCGGGAGGCCCUGGAGAAGACCAUGCGGAACAAGAUGGACAGUGAAAUGAGGAGGCUGCAGGAUUUCAAUAGGGAUCUUAGAGAGAGAUUGGAAUCUGCAAACCGCCGACUGGCGAGCAAGACACAGGAGGCCCAGGUGGGCAGUCAGGACAUGGUGGCCAAGCUGCUAGCUCAGAGCUAUGAGCAGCAGCAGGAGCAGGAGAAGCUGGAGCGGGAGGUUGCACUGCUGCGUGGUGCCAUUGAGGACCAGCGACGGCGAGCAGAGUUGCUGGAGCAGGCUCUGAGCAAUGCACAGGGCCGGGCUGCGCGCGCCGAAGAGGAGCUGCGCAAGAAGCAGGCCUAUGUGGAGAAGGUGGAACGACUGCAGCAGGCACUGGGGCAGCUGCAGGCUGCAUGCGAGAAGCGUGAGCAGCUGGAGCUACGUCUGCGCACGCGCCUGGAGCAGGAACUCAAGGCCCUGCGUGCACAGCAGAGACAGGCAGGCACCCCCAGUGGUGGCUGUGGUGGGUCCUCGGAAAUCAGUGCCCUGCGGCUGUCAGAGCAACUACGGGAAAAGGAGGAGCAGAUCCUAGCACUGGAGGCUGACAUGACCAAGUGGGAGCAGAAGUACUUGGAGGAACGUGCCAUGAGGCAGUUCGCCAUGGAUGCAGCCGCCACAGCUGCAGCCCAGCGUGACACCACUCUCAUCAGACACUCUCCCCAGCCCUCACCCAGCAGUAGCUUCAAUGAGGGCCUGCUUGCUGGUGGCCACAGACAUCAGGAGAUGGAAAGCAGGUUAAAGGUGCUCCAUGCCCAGAUCCUGGAGAAGGAUGCAGUGAUAAAGGUCCUUCAGCAGCGCUCGAGGAAAGAGCCCGGCAAGGCCACCCAGUGCUCCCUGCGGCCCGCCAAGUCUGUGCCAUCUGUCUUCGCAGCUGCAGCAGCAGGCACCCCGGGCUGGCAAGGGCUCUCCUCGAGUGAGCAGCAAGGGGAUGCUCCUGCCCGGCUGGCUACAGCAGACAGAACCUCCUCUGAAGAGCCUAUGGCCCUAGCCUCCCUCCCUGCUCAUGCCAAACAUGGGAGCAGAGAUGGCAGCACCCAGACUGAUGGUCCCCCUGACAACACCGCUGCCUGCCUGGGACUGGAGACUGACAGCUUUCCAGGGUGCAGCAGUGGCCAGAGGACAGCCUCAAUGGACUCUGUGGCUACCUCCAGGGUGCAGGACUUGUCCGACAUGGUGGAGAUACUGAUCUGAAGGAGAUGGUGCCCUGGGCACUCCCAGCCAUGGCCUGCUCUCCUCUGCCAUUCAUGCCCAUUCAGCAGCUCUUCCAACUGCUGCUUUCCCACCUUCCCCAAUGGGUACUCAUUGGCCAUCUUGUCCCAGGAGCUUAGGAAGGAUGCUUCAGGGGAGAGGAAAGCCGGGAGAGCGCCUGUAUCCUGGCAGACCCUGCUUCUUAGCCCCACCUUCCUCCCGGGCCCAUGGAGAAGGAUGAGUCAGCCUUUACCUACCACUCAAAGCUUGUUGCUGAGGUAGCAACUGAAAGUUCAAAGGGAGCCGAGCCCCUUCUGCACCGGAGUUGGCACUCGGGUAGGGAGGGAGGAGAUAUGUAAUAUUGGGGGUCUGGUUUCUGAGGCUGACCGCCUGUGGACACCAGAUGGCCUGGUUCCAUAAUCAAAAUGGCCUGUUGUUCCCCUCUGGUUAAGUGUGAUCCAGGCCCAUCUCAUACUCCUCAGCUCCUUGCUGCCUCCUUGGGUUACUAAGACUUGCUUCUUUAGGGAACUGUUGAGCAGAUGCCAUUUAAUUUUUUUGCUCACUUCCUCACUCGGAGUGGGCUAGAGGCCAUUGAAAUGGACUGGGGUAUGCUGUGUAUAUAAUCCCUUUCUUGUGGAGCAGAAGUGAGGCAUGCUGCUUCAGACUUGGUCCCUUGCUCUGUGUUCCUAUUCCUGCUGUCACCAUUCCGGUAUCUUCUGAACAACCUCCUGUUAUUUCCCCUUCCCAAGUUCAUGGCCCAUGGAUUUUGAUGCUGGUUGAUCCACGGGAUAUUGACUGUUUUUCUGUCUUGUGCCCUGUUUUAAAUGCCCUUGCCCCACUCCCCAACAUCAGUAGCCUCUUGAAUUGGUUCCACAUCUCCUGUCCCUGGGACAUCUUGUCAGUUUGAUUAUGAACCCUGAGCCAGAUGAAAUGAGCCCCCCCAUGGACAUCUGCCUUGGUGGGCCUCUCAGCACCAAUUCUCUCGAAGGAAACUGGAGAACUUGCCUCUUUCGUAUCAGAGUAGCUGUUCCCAUCUGGAGGGACCGAGAGAGGGAGCCAUAUUGGUGAAAUUAAUCAGUGAGCUACAGGAUGUGACUCGAACAGUCUCUGAAUAGCACUCCCAUCACAAAAUGGCACCCCCAGGUUCCCCUCAAACUCUAUGUGCUCAUGGCCCUGAGCUGGGCCAGUGCUUUGCAAUCAGAGGGAGGCGUCCAGGUGGCAGCCUGCCAGCAACAGUGACUGGCUGGUCUUAAAGAGUCCCCUGAUACAGCCCCAGAAGCAAUUGGUGGGUUUUAGGAGUUUGUCUUGACUGUUUUUAGUUCUUGAAUCUUUAUUUUUUCCUUUAUUGUUUUUUGGUUGUGUAUGUUACUAUUUUAUUCCCAUGGUUCCUCAAGUUUUCUUUUUAAACAUUUGCAUUUGCUGGACAAUUGCAUAUUUUUUUAAAUCCCCUACCCCUCUUAAAACUGAAAAAAUACAUUUGGUUCAUGUGCAUUGUUUACAAAGCAAAAGACAAAAAAAAGAUUUUAAAAAAAGGCAAAAAAUAUUGUGAAAGAAAAAAAACAACUUAAUAUAUUUUGGAUUAAUAUUUGGUAUUUCUUUUAAAGUAUUUUUUUGUGCUGUGAACGUUUUCUGCCAAAGACCAUGAUGUGUGUCUGUAUGUUUAAGUUAUCGUAAAUAUUUAAAAUGUAAACAUGGCUGUUUUGUUAUGCCACCCUGUACCAGGAUUGCUGCUGCAUUCCACUGGGUAUAACAGUAUUUUAAUAAAAAAAAAUAAUAAUUAAAGUGGUGUCUUUGAACAAGUAAGAGCCUACACUAAUAGAGCAAGGGAAAGGGGUGAGGAUUUGGGAGGCCUCCCAUGUCAUAGUCUCCAACGACUUGGCACUGAACUGUAUCAUCACCCCCCUGAACACCUGUGUGCCUUGGCUCUUAAACACUGGCCAGGGCAUUUCAAGAAAUGGCAGCCCAAUGUCACUGUCAUUUCUCAUACAUGAGCAGUGAAGAGUUUUCAUUUUAUCAUCAUGUGUUACCAGCCGACAAGGCAAAGUCAGGAUGGUACACAGUAUAAUCUCCAAGGAUCCAAGGGACGUCCUAGGAAUUUUAUGAGGCUGCAUGAUAGAGAGUUGGAAUGCAGGCAUGGUUGGCUGUCUCAUCUUUUACAGAGAACAUUUCUUACACUGGGAGGGUGGGAGAGGUAGGCAUCCUCUUUAGGAAACUAUGUCCUGACUGUAUUCAGCCACACACUAAGUUACUCCACAGUAGGACUGGGUGACUAAAGUGGCUCCCUAUCUCCCCCCCGACCCCUGCCCCACCAGCAUUGGAAGUCCUUGUCUGAGACCAGGCACCAUGCAUGUUUUCUGGACACAAGGCAGAGGUGACAUGUAAUUGGGCACCACCUUCCAGUCUAUUGUGGCUUCCUCUCUUGCCCCAUGCCAAGAAAGGCAUAGCACUGCAAUCUCUAAAAGAAAAUGCCUCAAUCUCACAUGUUCUCUGUUCAGAAACAAGUCCCGCCUCUACGGGCCAGACAACACAGUGAGGUUCCCAAUCAGGAUGUGGGCUGGCAGGCAGAGCUGUCCUCAAAGCUGCAGUUAGCCAGAUUUCUUUAGGCACUUGGCAGGUAUCAUUAGCCCACUUUAGAGAACAGGUCCUCCUGCACCAGCCUCCCUGCCUACAAGAGACAAAAUCGAACAGGUGGCAGAAAUGGGAACAUCGAAGGACUUCUUUUAGCAACUUUGCA